UGUUCCGUAGUCUGUGUCUGUUUCGUGGAUCUUCUGUUCCGUAGUCUGUGGUUGUUUCGUGGAUCUUCUGUUCCGUAGUCUGUGUCUGUUUCGUGGAUCUUCUGUUCCGUAGUCUGUGUCUGUUUCGUGAUGUGAGUAUUUUAUGUAUUUCUACAGUAUGUUUGUUUCACAGCCUGUCUGUGUAUUUGGUUAUUUGUAUCUGUGUGUGACCUGAGUCUGUGUGUGACCUUUCUGUGUACUGUGAUCCCAGUGGAGCGUUUCAAUCCCUUGGAUGGGAUGUGGUAUGCGUGUACCCCUAUGCUGACCCCUAGAGAGAACGCGGGCUGCUGUGUGUACCUGGGACGUCUCUUCGUGGCCGGAGGAAGAGAUGAACUCAACCUGGAGCUCAGCGCUGCAGAGAAGUUUGAUCCAGACGCUCUGAGUUGGACCCCCGUCAAACGCAUGAGAUGCAAGAGAAACAACAUGUCUCUGAUGGUGUUCAACGGGUCGUUGUUGGCUGUGGGAGGCUCUGAUGGCAUCACCAAUCUGAAAACAAUAGAAGUCUACAACCAUGAGUCAAAUACAUGGAGACACUUUGGGAGCAUGAAGACCAAACAUCCAGGAGGCCACGUUGCCAUGUUGAAGACCAAACACAGUUACAGCCUGUAACUGGAAAUUAUAAUGUUGCUGGACAAUAGCAUAUGGAUUUAUUAUAUAGAUUUGUAUACUGUGUAUGUCCAUGUCGAAAUAGUACUGUAAUCCCCCGUAUAGUAUGUAAACAUGCAUGGCUAUUUAUUUCACUUUUAUUUAACCCAGAAGUCUUUCCUAAGAAAUGAAACUAUGCACCAGGAGUGUCAUGCACCCAUUAUUUUAGAGGGGGCACGAAGUACAUGAGGAUGGAGGGGGCGUUGUCCAGGUUGGAGAAUUUAGCAUUUUUUAAACACCAAAAAUAGCUUUAACCUG